AUGACGAAGACGACGGCGGGCGGAGCCUCCGUGGCCCCGCCCCCAGAACGCGCGUCGUCGUCGUCCGCGGGGCUGGGAGGUGCCUGGCGCCCUCGCGUCCCGCUGCUGCUGCUGCUGCUGCUCCUCCCCCGCCUCCCUCCCUCCCCUCCCCCGCCGGCGCGAGCGCUGUGGUGAAGCCGCCGCAUUGUUUGUGCCGAAGGGGGGAGGAGGAGGAGGGGAAGGUUCUCGGCCACGGGAGCCUCGGCGACCAACCCGCAGCCGGCCCUCCGCCCCCGAAUGCGUCGCGGCAGCCGGAGACAGCAACCGCCGCCGCCGCCGCCGCCACCGGGAGCCCCAAGGCGGCCGGGACAGCGCGGACGACCAGGCCCCUCCCUCAGUCUCCUCACAGCCGCUCGGCGUUAGCAAGCUGAGGGAGCCGCCAUUAGCCCCGGAGUCUCGCAGCCAAGGGAGGGGUCGGCCAGCUCCCUCAGGUGAGCGCCCGCGGGCCGUCAAACCGCGACCCCCUCCCCCUCCGCGCCACCACCCACCUCACGGGCGGGCGGGCGGGCGCCAUGUUUGCGGCCCGAGCAUUGUCCCGGGUGGGGGGGGGAGGAGGAAAAGCGAGGCGGGCCCGGCGGGGAGAGGUAGGGCCUCGCAAAGGAGAAGGCGCCGGGCCUGGCGUGGGAGGAACCACUCGGCGAGAGGGGAGGGGCGGUGGGGGAGGGGAAGGAACCAUCGGCGCGCCAGCGGGAGGGGCGCCCGCUGUUGUUGAUGUCGCGGGCGGGGGAAAGGCGACGUUCGGGGAAGGGGGUGGGCGGCGGGGGUUGUACGGGAAUCUCGUGCAGGGCGCAACCAUUCCGCGAAACCGAGGAGGGGGCGGGGAGGAUUGGGGAGAGGGAGGGUGGCCCGCGCCUCCCGCAAACCGAUCGAGUCUUCCUGUUUCGCCUCGUUCCCGUCGGGGAGGAAAGGGUUACUUCCUGGGGAGUUCGCUUUCGCUUUCGGGGCGAAGCGCGACUUUCCCCACCUUCCCCCUCGCCUUUCUGUUGUAACUCCCAGCUGGGAGCUGGCCCGGCCGGAUUCAGUGCACCGGGUUCCGCAGUUUGUAAGAGGAGCGUUACCUCCCAGGGACCAGGGCCUUUUAACUCGUCGGCAUGCAGUUGGAAGAGGCUUUCAUCUUCCUUUCUGUAACAAGAGAUGAUGUAAGACGCUCCGCAAAUGGACGUGUGAUUUAUUAUUUUGCGUUCCCUAGGGAACUGCAGAUAGGGUAAACCCUGACUAGAGUACUAUAGUACAAGCCUCGCAAACAGUAUGCUUCUUGAGGAAGGCUUUAUUUUGGCUGUGUGGUCUGGUGCUAAAAUGUCACUUUUAAGACGCUUUGGCUGUUGCUGAACUUCGAGAAAUGAUGAUGAUGAUUUAUACCCCACCCAUCUUAUCUGGGUUUCCCCAGCCACCCCAGCUCCCAACAGAAUAUUAAAAACAGGAUAAAAUAUCAAACAUUAAAAACUUCUCUAAACAGGACUGCCUUCAGAUGUCUUCUAAAAGUCAGAUAGUUGUUUGCACAUACGGUGAGCAUUUCUUUCUGUCAUUCUUCUAGACGUGGAAUUCAUUCUCUGAACUAGAUUUUAUCUAGUUUAUGAUAGAGGAAUAUGCUCUCAGAAUAACUUGCAUGGUUUUUCCUUUUCUCAUGAUUUUUCUUGUUUUUAAAGUCCAUGGGGAAAUAGUUGUAGUUUAGCACGAUAAUUUCUUCCACAGUUUUAGUUUGGUUUUCAUUUAUAUAAUGUCUGAGAUUUUGAAAUGAAUUAUGGCUGUCAAAUAGUACUGUAAACACAGCUUGGGUAUUUUAAAAGUUUGCUUGGAUCUAAAAAUGUCUGGAUGCGAGAGGUCUUUCUGUCAUCUGUUCACUAAUUAUAAAAUGAGAGAAGUAGUGGCCUACCUCACAAGGUUGUUAAGUCAGUUGGUUCUCUAAGGAUUCAAUCUGAUUCACUGUGAUGGGUAAAUCCCAUUGAACUGGAAAGCCAUAGAAUUAUGUUGUAAUAGCUCUCUAUAAAAAGCUUAGAAAUGCUCCCCAUUGUGUACACACACAAACAUAGCCCUCUUUCUGUUACAAAAAUUGAAAUGUGACAUUGGAUUUGAUGCAGUUCAGUCUGGAACCAGUAAAAAAAAAAAAAGCAGGGGAGGUGGGAGAUGAGUUGCAAGCUACCAGAACAGGUAUGAGUGGCUGUUUCAUAAGAGUGCCAAUUUUGAUGAAGGUUUGAAUAGAUGCCUCUUGCAUUUGGGUGUUCACUCGAUGAACUAGCUAUUAAAACACUGCAAUUUCACAAAGUUCAUGUAGCUUCUGCUCCUCUUUCUUACCCCUCAGUAUUUGUGAUUAAAGAUUUAGUGGGAAUAUUUGCACUUCCCAAAAGUGCUUAUUGUGGAAAAAAUGUCAACACAAUCUGAAAAUAAGGAAUAUUCAUCCUCUGUAACAUGGGGAAGUGGGAGAACUGUUAUUUGAAGGGUGGGCAUUGACACAAAUGUUUCAAAUAGAGUUGGUGCCAUGCAUUACCCAUGAAUAUGUGUAAAAUGUUUUCCCCAGUGCAGACAUUUGUUGAGUGUUGCUUGUUUUAUGUCUUCAGAUAUCAUUGCACAGCUACCCUAUUCUUUUCUUACUAACAGCUGCGGUUACUGGAAAAGAAAAUGAUGAUUACUAUCCAGUAGUCUUCUAUUACUACUUUCUUAAGAAGCAGCUGUUGCCUAUUGAAUUGCUUUCUGAUACAUGUUUUGCAGUCUGCACAGUUUUCUAAAGUAAUAUAACAAAGCUAAAUUUUGCAGUGAUAACUUUAUAAAUACUAUUUUGUUUUGUGCUUCAGUUCUUUUUAUAAGCUGUAUAAGAAGCUUUAUAAAUUACGACAGUCUAAGCUCAAAUAAACCACAAACACAACCAGUUAUUGGGUAAUAGCACAAAAAAGAUUGUGACCUAAGAAUCAUUCUGCAUGUGAAGGCGUGCAGGACUUGGGGCCUGUGUCCAUAAAAUGUUUGAGCAAGUUUUUUUUAGGCAUUCAUUCCUUUAAGUGUCUGUUCUAGCUUUGUAGUCCAUGGGGGAACAGUGGGAGGAAGGGAGAUAGGGUGCUUUGCUCAAGAUUACCAAAUACUAGUAACCCUUUACAACUUUAACUCCAUUGGCAUACUUGUCAUCUGGGUUCAUGGACCUUCCUGUUGUGGUUGUAGCAUCCGCAAAGGCAAGGGAUACCCAUACUAUUUCUGUCCUGCUACACCCCACUCGCAGAUGUGUGCUUCCCAAACCACGAACUCAUUUUCCUUGACUAUAUUGUGGAUAUGAGAGUUGUACACAGACCAAUAUUUCCCAUAACAGCCUAGUUCACUGAGUUUUUAUAUACUGAGCCGGAGGACAUGGAAAUACAGGACCUUUGCCCUGUUCAUUUGGGGGAUUCUGUGUACGUGUACAUACAAAGAAGGAUUUUUACCUCCCAUGCUUUUUAAGGUGAAUACGUGAAUGCACAUGAGCUAUUGGUGAUGUGGGCAUUUAAAAUUAAAUACAGUCUGGAGUAGGCAUAUGUGAUCUUGUGUAGGUGGCAUAAGCCCUUCAGCGCACUUGAUGCACACCCUCUUGUGCACUUACUGAAAUGAAAUAAUUAGCUUUUUAUCAAACCUCUCAGAGGAAUUGAGUGAACUUAGAUAAUGGUUGAAAAAAUUAUUUAAUUUAAUAUGCUUUUACUAACUGCAUGAAAUUAUUCUAAUCCUCGGGGAGCAAAGCUUUCCUUAGUAACGUUGAAUGGUUGUAUGGCUCAAAAUGAUCAAGGCUAGCCACAGUUUUUUACUUAUUAAAACAAGUUGACCACUUACUGUGGUCCAUGUUCAAAGAAGCUAAUUCAUUGUUGACUGUGCUGUAGUUUAGUCUGGAAAAUAGCACUGAGGCUAUCCAGAUAAUACUUUGUUUUAUUGUCUAGUAGUCAUAGUCUUGCUUUGUACCUGAUAGAAAGAGUAAAAUUGAUCCUGUGGCAGUGAAGGUUGGUGCCUUGGGGAGAGAAUCUGAUGCUGUGAGACAGUCUUCUCCAACCUUUUGUCCUCCAGAUAGUUUGGACCGUUGGCCAUGCUGGCUGGGUCUGAUGGGAGUUGUAAUCAAAACAUCUGGAAAAUCUGCCUUAACUGAAUACUUGUUCAACAGAUAGUUUGACAGAGUUUAUUUAUUGAAUGAAAAAUAAUUGCUGUAUACAGAACAAUAAAAUUUGCUUACACUGUUUGUAAACAGGAAAGUUCACAGAAAUGGCCAAGGUGUGAUUUUGUUCCUUUCGUUUUUGAAAUCAACUCACUGUAUUUCCUUUCUUUCACAUUUUGACAUGUGAAUUUUUACAACAUAACUCUUCUUUUUCUCUCUUGCCCUGUUCCCCAUUAGAAGCACAUUGGAUCCCUCACAGGUGCUGCCUCGUACUUGCAUUUGUGUACUGUACUGUAUUAAACACCAGCAUUUUCCAGCAAAUUUCUGACCCUAUUACAAGACAGAGCCAUUCAAAUAUCAUUUUUCUACUGAUGAGCAAGUCAAGCAAUUCAGUAAAGGGGAAGGCACCAAUGUCCCACUUCUUCCCAAGCAUAUCAGUCAUAAUUAUGUUCCUCCAAGUUUUCUCCAAAUGAUUUUUUUAUGGGCUCAUUUACACUGCAUCACAACAUUUGCUGGUUCAUAACUACAAAUUGUAUCAGUGUCUGCUUUAACCCAGAACCUGAAAGUGUUGCUAUAUUUCAUUAUGAAAACUGUCCUUUCUCAGAGGCAAGUAAAAGAGAUACGUACACAAAAUAUACCAUCCUCUGUAUAAUUUCCAGACAGUAUGUAUUAAAAGCUACACAACCAUAAACACAAGUGAAAUCCUAUAACAUCAGGUAAAAUGGUUCCUAUUCCACAUUAGAAAAAUAAGAACAUUAUGAAAACAAUCUUUGUUGAAAGUAAUAUAGGUCACAAUCAUGAAUUAUGUAUAUAUUGUAGUUGAACAAAAAUAUCUACAAAUUCAACAUUGGAUUUAAUUCUGUGGGUUUCAUGUGCUGGCUUAGAUCCAGACCAUGAGAAAAAUUAGGCUACUCGUGCAACAGAGUUGUUUCUUUACCCCUAAAAUCUGUUCCUCGCAGUUGGUGUGGGGAGAGAUCCUUUUCUCACUGUAGCCCUCCAUGUGCAAUCCCAUGUUACUUGGCUUUGGAGAGCUCUGUGGGUUGCAGUCAGAAGGAGUCGGUGAGGAACCACUGCAUGAAAGACCUUGUGCAAGUCAUUUUUCAUAAUUGGAGGCCCAUUUUGCUUGAUAGAAGAGUAGAAUGCAAUCCUCAAUACUGUGGAGCGAAGGAGAAUAAAAAAGUGUUAAGUAUUUGUUGACAUCUGUCAGUUAGUUGCUAUAACAAAUCCUUCAUAGAAAUCAGCAUCUGAUGCUCACUUCACAUUUCUUUGAGCCAUUUUUGCAGAGGUCCAUUUAAAAAAUAUUUCAAGACAUCCUGUAUUAGAAACAAGGUGAUAGAUUUUUCUUUUCUUUCUUUCGCACUGGUAGUGGUGGGAGGCCCCAGGGAUUACCUGAUGGAACAUUGUCUUGUAUAGCUAUCACCUCUCCAAUGAUAGCCUUAGAUGCCUUCAUUUACAGGCUGUAUUUUACUGGUACCAUUCCGUUCCUUGCACCAAAAUUUCAAGCUCUGGUAUACCAUAUUUUUCGCUCCAUAGGGUGCACUGGACCAUAGGGUGCACCUAGUUUUUAGGGGGGGGGAAUAAAGAAAAAAAAAUUAUUUCCCCCCUAGCCCCAAAGAGCAAAGAAGCCAAGACAGCCAGCGGGAUCCAUCCCGCUGGCUGUCUUUGCUUCCUCUUUAGCCACACACAACCUCUCCAGCUGGGAGAGGCUGCGCGUGGCUUUGGCAGAAGCCAAGAAAUGCUCCGAAGGUUUGCGGAUAGCUGCCUGAAGCCCAGGGAGCGCAGUGGGAGUUGGCACUGUGCUCCCCAGGCUGCAGGCUGCUAUCCAUAAGCCUUCGGAGCCCGACAGGAACUCCCACCGCACUCCGAAGGCUUGCGGAUAGCUUCCUGAAGCCUGGAGAGCGAGAGGGGUCGGUGCGCACCAACCCCUCUCGCUCUCCAGGCUUCAGCAAAAGCCUGCAUUCGCGCCACAGGACGCACACACAUUUCCCCUUCAUUUUUGAAGGGGAAAAAGUGCAUCCUAUAGAGCGAAAAAUACGGUAAUUCAAUAUCUGUCUUCAGGAUAAUCCAUCUAAAUAAAACAAAUAAGUGCAAAAUAAACUUUCCAAAUAAUGUUAAAGUGUUUGAUCCAAAAGGCUAUGCACAGUAUUCUGCAAAUGCAUUGGAGCUUCCUAGCUCCUUUCAUUGCAGGUGUACUAUCUCUCACUCUGUCAUUCAAACUCUCUCUCUCUCUCUCUCUCUCUCUCUUACUUUUCUCCAUUCUGCCUCCUUGCUUUUGGAAGUCACAGGACCCUUCAGGAUUCUUCAUGCUGUGAAAUGCUGCAAAAAUUGGCAGCCCUAAUCCGUACAAGCAGAAGGGUUUUUUCUGCCUGUGCAUAGGACUCUGGUGUCAGUGAAGUGUACUUGUUUUAGUUUAUGCUAUGCUAUGUUACACCUGUGAAUGAUGGAUAGUUGUUUGAACGUGAAUUAAGGAGUGGCUCACUAUUUCAAAUAUAUAUAGUGAAAGUAGGAAGUGGCAUGCCCAAUGAAUCAUUAAUCUCUCCAAUAAACAAAUCUGCAUUCAAAGCUUGCUAUUGCUUGAAGGACUGGUUCACAUUCUGAAAGCACAAGUGCUUUGUUCUCCCUCUGCUUCUGCCAGUCCUUAGUUGCAGGAAAGCAAACCAGAAGCUAGCUUUCCAUCAUGCAUGAACCAGAAGUAAUGGUUUGUUCCCUCCUCCCACACAAGCCAUGAGCAGUAUGGCUGGGUGAUAUAUUGUCCCAAACAGUUUUAAAGUCCAUAUAAUGAUACUGGUUUCAUAAUUUUUAACCGGGCAAUAUAUCAUGAAUCAUGUUGUGUGUUAGGGCUGGGCGAUAUAUUGUGCAAAAACCUGUUUGAAGUCCAUAUUGUGAUACCAGUUUCAUAAUUUUUUACCUUGCAAUAUUUUACAAAUUGUGAUAUGUGUGUGUGUGCUGUGCAAAAAUCACAGUGUAGGUAAAACCGUGAAGCCAUCCAAUGCCUCUACAUAGCUCCAUCCUUAUUUCAGACAUUGUGAUAUAUCAGUACAUUGCAUUGUUUAGCUGGUGAUAUAUCACAGUGUUGAAAGGCCAGCCCUAAUGAGCAGUAUGCAAAUAUUUGGCUUACACUGUGUGGUGUGUUUGCGAGUUUGGGCAAAUGACAACCACUGGUUUGUAAGUAACUUGAAGCCACCCUCCAAUUUCUUCUCCAGUAUGCUGAAGGCAAAAACAAAGCACAGUCUUUCGAUCAAUGUGCUCCAACACACUGUUUGAUCACUUUAUACCAGGGGUGGCCAACUCCCAAGAGACUGCAAUCUACUCACAGUUAAAAACUGGUAGUGAUCUACCCCCUUUUUGGGGGUUCAGGUCAAAGUUGCCGAGCUUUUAGGAAGGGUGAAGGCCCAUUUUUUGGGGGGAGCAGGGCGAAAAUGAUGAGCUUUUUUAGGGGAGUCAAACUUGUUGAGUUUCUUUGGGAGGAGACAGUGAUCUACCCGUGAUCUACCACAGACAUUCAGUGAUCUACCGGUAGAUCACGAUCUACCUGUUGGACCUGCCUGCUUUAUACCAUAGUUUAUUUUAAACUAUGUUUUAAAAUGACAUGUGAACUGGACUGUAGACAGGCUCACCGAUCGUCUGUUCAAGUUACUAAUGAACGUACUGCAUAUCACAUGCUGUUAGUCUUUUUUUUCUCCUUUUAUUUAAUAUCAGGCAAAAUGUGUUAUGCAUGUAUUUUUAACAGCACAAUAUUUACAUCGACUUCAGUGUCCCUUACUCCCAAGUAAGCGUGCGUAGGAUUUAAGCAAUGCUGUCACCAGGGAGGCUCUUCUGUUGCCAUCACUUAAUAGCUUCAGGUUUCAGGUGAAAACAUUCCUCUUCAACCAGGCCUUUGACUUUUAACAGUAUAGAGCCUUUUAGAGGGGAUGGGAUACUUUAACGUUUUCUUUUCAUUUCUGGUUUUAAUGUUUUAUGUGUUUUUAAAAAAUGACUUUUUCCUGCCUGGGACAAAAAAAUGCAACAGAUAAAUGGAAUAAUGAUAAGUGGAUAAACUACUCUUUAGUUUUAAGAAAUGGGCUUGUUUGUGUCUUGUGUGAGUAGAAAAAUGCUUCUGAAAUCUUGCUGAAUUAUUCUGAAUGUACCUGCCCUGCUGCAACUUCCUGUUUCUCAUCCCAAGCCAUUAGACAAGGGCUCUCAACCCUCAGGAGCAGCUUUGGGGUGGUUGUAGUCAGGAAAGCCCUACUGUACAAGCAGAUUUUCAAUCACAGUUCUCUGGAUCCAACUCAUUUUGAAUACCAGUGACCAGCAAACCAGUAAAUAUAUCAUGCUACUAGAUCAUGCUAUAACUCUUGUUUCUUCAGAUAUUGUUAAACUACAAUCUUCAUCACUUCUAGCCAUUGUGGCCAGUAGUCAGGGAUGAUGGGAGUUGUAGUACAACAACAUCUGGGUAGCUAAGGUUGGGGAAGGCUGACUUAAUGACAGCACACACAUCUGUUUAACUGCAGGGAUGUUUUAUAAAAUGAAUUGUUAAGAGUUUUCUUAAAUUACAAAAAUGUGUGGAGUUCUUACUGUGGUCUUAUGAAAGUAUUUUGUUUCAUAGUUUUUAAAUGCCUUCAAGAUACUACAUUUAAUUUUUAUCAUAGAAACCACCUAGUAGGUAAAAAAAUGUUUCUCCGUUUGUCUUUCCUGUUUUCAUAUUAAAAUAUACAAUUUCAUCUUACAAUCAUGCUUCUAAUUUUAGGUAAUCAGUACCAAAUGAGGAGGAAAGGAAGAUGUCAUCGAGUAUCUUCAGCAAGACACUCUUCUUCUCCAUGCAGUAUUAAACACUCCCCUACUAGAGAAACUUUGACCUAUGCCCAGGCUCAAAGAAUGGUAGAAAUAGAAAUUGAAGGGCGAUUGCACAGGAUCAGUAUCUUUGAACCCCUGGAAAUUAUAUUAGAAGAUGAUCUUACAGCCCAAGAAUUAAGUGAAUGCAACAGCAAUAAAGAAAAUAGUGAAAGGCCACCAAUCUUUCUGAGAACAAAGAGGCAUAGAAACAACAAAGUUAAAAAGAAAAAUGAAACGUCUCCGAGUGCGCAUGGCAUCCCGUCUACAGCAAGUACUCUUCCGGAACCCAAAGUGCAUAUUGUUGAGUACAGUCCACCUUCUGCACCCCGGAGGCCUCCAUCGUACUAUAAAUUUAUUGAAAAGUCUUCGGAAGAACUGGAUAAUGAAGUGGAGUAUGAUAUGGAUGAAGAAGAUUAUGCGUGGCUAGAAAUAAUCAAUGAAAAGCGAAAGAGUGAUGGAUUCUCGGUUGUAUCGCAAAACAUGUUUGAAUUUCUUAUGGACCGUUUUGAGAAAGAAUCUUAUUGUGAGACUCAAAAACAGGGUGAGCAUCAGUCUUUAAUUGAUGAAGAUGCAGUUUGUUGUAUUUGCAUGGAUGGAGAGUGUCAGAACAGCAAUGUAAUUCUUUUUUGUGAUAUGUGUAACUUAGCAGUGCAUCAGGAGUGUUAUGGGGUGCCAUAUAUACCUGAGGGCCAGUGGCUCUGCAGACAGUGUCUACAGUCCCGUUCACGGCCUGUAGACUGUGUACUGUGUCCAAACAAAGGAGGUGCCUUUAAAAAGACAGAUGAUGAUCGAUGGGGACAUGUUGUUUGUGCUCUUUGGAUUCCGGAAGUUGGAUUUGCCAAUACAGUUUUUAUUGAGCCAAUAGAUGGAGUUAAGAACAUUCCCCCUGCCCGAUGGAAGUUAACAUGCUACCUCUGUAAACAGAAAGGUGUUGGUGCCUGUAUUCAGUGCCACAAAGCAAACUGCUACACAGCAUUCCAUGUUACAUGUGCUCAAAAAGCUGGUUUGUAUAUGAAAAUGGAACCAGUGAAAGAAUUAACUGGUAGUGGCACGACAUUCUCAGUAAAAAAGACUGCAUAUUGUGAUGUACAUACACCACCAGGUUCCAUUCGGAGACCUCUGAACAUUUAUGGAGAAGCUGAAAUGAAAAAUGGCCUCUAUAGAAAAGAGGGCUCUGCCAAAACAAGGUCCACAUCAAAGGUCAGAAAAAAGGCUAAAAAGUCAAAGAAGACACCGGCUGAACCCUGUACAGUUAUGCCUGCAGUAUCUGCUCCGUGUAUCCCUCCUCAGAGGUAAGAAAAACGUUAGAAGUCAAUGCUUUAUUUACCUUAAUAGUACGUUAAAGUUAAAUUUGCUUUAUUUUAAUUUUCUUUUAGUUGUCAGCUUAUUGAUAGGGAAUUAAACCUGCAAUACUUUGACACUAUUUGACAAACAAGUUAAUAGAAUUUUUUUUAAUCUUCUAACUCAGUAACUUAAUAUUUUUGUAGAAGAGUGAGGAUAGCUUUCAGAGUCAUCAUUGCUGUGGUUUGAGUUCACACCGUAUUUUUCGCCCUAUAGGACGCACCGCCCCAUAAGGCGCACCUAGUUUUUUGGGGGGGAAAUAAAGGGGGGGAUUAUUUCCCCCCCCCCCGGUGCGGAGCUUCCCCCGACCCCAGCCCCCAGAACAGGCAACUCUCCGCAAGCCGCGGGAGCCCAGCGCCGGGCUCCCGUGCUUUGCGGAGAACUGCGCGAAGCCUGGGCGCGCUGAGCUCAGCGCACCCAGGCUUCAGCAUGCAGACAACUCUCCGGCGUGGGCUCCCACAGCUUGUGGAGAGCUGCGUGAAGCCUGCAUUCGCCCCAUAGGACGCACACACAUUUCCCCUUCAUUUUUGGAGGGGAAAAAGUGCGUCCUAUAGGGCGCAAAAUACGGUAAAUUGAACAGGAAACCUUUAAAUUAUUUGCCUAGAUCACAGGUGGACGGUCUGUAGCCUUUGACCUCAUUUUAUUCAGCCUUCAGUGAUUCUUGAAGCUGCCACCUUUCCCCAUCCCAUCAACAUUUCUUCUCUGCUCAUACAUUUCCUACUUACUCUUCUUUGUUUUUCAAAGUGUUCUUCCCCUCCUUAUGUAGCUUCGGAGCAACUGCAAGUGGCAGUAUUUCGCUUAAUUUAAAUUUAUGUUUGUUUCUCUAAAGAAAAUAAAUUCCCCUGCUUGUAUGGCUUGAGGAAAUGGAUGUCUGAGAACAAAUGGAUAGGCUUUUGCUGCUUGUGUGACCCAUCGAAAGAAUUACUUUUACUUGCUUUCCAAAACAACAGCUAUUAAUCUGUUGUUCUAAAAAAAAUCCCCUGUAUGCUUAUUUGAGAGCAACCCUGUCACAGUCCCAUGAGACUUUCUUCUGAGUAGACUUGCACAGAAUGGUCUUGAUUCUCACAUUCAUCUAGUGAAUGUUUCUAGUUCUACCCAUCAUCGUUUCUGUUUCUGUUCUCCACUGAAAUGCAGCCCUGAAAAAGGGGUUGCCUACAUCCUCAAUUAGCAGUUAGAAUUUAUUUUAUUUUAUGGGGUUACCUGUUUUUUUCCAGCUAUGCUAUGUUAGUGGAGUUGGGUUUGUGAAUCGGGGGGCUAUUCAAGAGUGACUUCCUGUUUGUAUGAUGGUGUCAACCUCUAAGCAUUCAGAGGGGUUAAACACAAAACAUCAUGUAUAUAUUUAAAUACUUUCAUGGAACUCAUUAAUUUUAGAAAGUAUCCUUAUUGGCUACAUAUUGCUUCUUUAUAUUUUAAAAUUAUAUCCUGCCUUCGUCCCCAGAGGAGCCCAGGGUACUUACUGUGUGUGAUGUGAUACCCACACUGGAAAUGGAAGGUUGGGUGCUGCACACUUCUACUAUUUCAUAUAUUGACUUUGUUUAUUUUGAGAAAUUGAUUCUUAAAGGCAACCCUAACAGGUGUAAUAUCUUGGGACAUAUUUGCCUCAACCCAGAAAACUACCGGGCAGACUAUUUGAUCUAAUCUCGGUAUUUUAUCUGAUAUUAGGAAGUGUUAAAUAUUUCCCUUUCCCCUGUGCUUUUAAUAGUGUACUACUGCCUAUGAAAUAAUCACACAUACAGACCAAUGGCCCAGAUCCAAGUCCGAUUGUACUCAGGGAGGUUGGGAGGGUUGCCAAUCUUGCUUUUGAUUUAUAGCUCCUAAUUCUGAAUUUAAAUUUACUCUUGAUGGUUCCCAACCUUCAGGAGCAGUGGAAUAGGCACUUGGAGAGAGUGAGUGAGGGCUACAUUAGGAUGGGUGGCCAAAAAAACCACCUUGUAUAUGUGCAUGUGCAGUUCUUUGGAUGCUAUAUGCGGUUCUAAUACCUUUGUAUAUCCCUUGAAUAAAAUUAGUGAAGUUACAUGCAGAAGUGUAAAGAGAAUUGUUUCUAAUAACAGUUUUAGCACUCAACUGUAAAUUUGUUUUCCCCAAAAAAUAUUUUGGCUAAUUACUAGAAGGUUAUUUCUGUCUCAACAUUCCUAAUGCAAUCCCCUAUUAUCCAGAUUGGCAUGCCAUGAAGAAGAAAAAAACUAGUGGAAAUAAGAUGCACCUGUUGGUACUUAGAUGAAGCAAACACAGCUGGCAUAGUAAUAGAAAUAUAGCAGUCUGAUACAUCAAACUUGUAAAUGGCAACUUGCCUGGAUCUUAUAUCAGUUGAGAAUUAUCUCUAGGCAACCAGGUUAAUUGAAAGAGAGUUGAUUCUUUUUUUAGUAUUACACAGUCAAAUGUGACUUAACAGGUAUGUGUUUGGACAUGUGAUACUAUAAGUCUUGUAAACUUGCUUCCCAGGCUUCACUACAUAACUUCAGUAGCAAAACCGUUAAAUAAUUUAAUCAAAGAAAGAAGUUCAAUGAAUAUGUAUUGAUUUGUCAAAGGUCUUAGGGUAUGUAUGUAGUUCAGGCUCUUUUCUUUUUUGGUCUUUAUUGUGAAACAUUCCACUAGGAAAUAACAGGUGAAAAUAACAUUCUAGCUAUAUCAGGUUUGUAAGAUUUAUGGAACUGUUUAUAAUACCCUGGUUCUAAAAGUGUGACUAGCUCCAAGUACCUAAAAGAAUUUUCAGUUAGUGUUUCUUGGAGAGUAGUCCCUUACCCGCAGUGCAUGGUAAAACUUUUGAAAUCAAGGGGAAUUCCAAAACAAGUUUGCGAUGUAACAUAGGUGUGUCAUCCAAAAUAAAAAGGGGGGGGGGACACCUGGCUUUCCUGAAGUUCUUUUUACACCAGCCCAUGUAAAUGUUGGUGUCAUUUCAAAACAACAUUUCCGAUUCAGAAGUAUUCCAUUUUCUUUCUUAAUUAAAAUAUGCAGCGCUGAGUUACAAAAAUUAAUAUGUUUGUUUCCCCCCUAUGCUUUAGAUUAAAUAAAAUUAUGAAUCAGGUGGCUAUUCAGCGAAAGAAGCAAUUUGUUGAAAGAGUACAUAGUUACUGGUUACUUAAAAGGUUGUCCAGAAAUGGUGUCCCUUUAUUGAGAAGACUGCAGUCUAGUUUGCAGUCACAAAGAAACACACAACAGGUAUGUAUCUUCCGUAAUUUCCAGCAUAAUUAAACUGCUCAUGUGAUUUGAGUUGAUAAUAUAUGGCAUAGGUAGCUAGGAACAGUAUAAUUGUGUAUUAAGUGAAAAUGAAUAUGAAAGUUUAAUUCCUAUCUUUGUUCUAUCAGAGAAAAAUAGUAUACCUGGAAUUGUAAGUAACUUCACAGGCUAGCUGGACUCAAAAUUAUUCUUGAAAUGCUUGCUAGAAGCUGCUGUUAGCUGUAGAGUUAAGAGCAGAAUAACAUAGAAACUACUACUUUUCUUUCGUAAGAGGGAAGAUGAUGAAGAAACACAAGCCUUAAAGGAGAAGUUGAAGUACUGGCAAAGGCUCCGUCAUGAUCUGGAGAGAGCACGGCUGCUGAUAGAACUUAUACGAAAACGAGAAAAGUUAAAAAGAGAACAGGUAUAUGAGUAAUUUUAUUUAUUAGGAUUUUGAAGGGAAACGUUGCCGAGUCAGGAUUGAUUCAAAGGAUACACACUCGGGGACCCACAAAUCUUGGAUGGCCUUGGUAGCCGCCACAAUUUUUAGUUACCAGAAACCUGCUCUUCUCAUAAUGAGGGAGGGGUGGGAUCCCCUUGUAUCUGACAUCACACUAUGUGGAGGACAUCUCUGAAGCAUGGUGAACUGUCAGGAAGAACCCCUUUCUCAAAUUCUAAUCUCCAGGGGUUUUUUAAGCGUGUGUCAUGCUCCAUUUCUGAAACACUUUGGACGCCCACAAAGUGUAUGUGCAUGAAUCCUACCCUCUUCCCAAUCUUAGAGCUUUGGGGAUCAGAGAUCUCGUGCCUUUGUACUGUGCUUGCUCAUAGAAUUGGAAGGUACCCCAAAGAUUGCCUAGUUCCAGCAAACCUAGCGCUGCAUCCCAGAUGGCUGGCCAUCCAGCAUUAAAACACUUUAAUGAAUAAGAGUUAAAUAAGAGUUAAUAAGAAUUAAAACACUUUAAUGAAUAAGCAGCUUGCAUUGUCAGAAAGUUGUUUCCUAAUGUUUAGUUUAAUUCUGUCCCGUCCCCCCGCUUUGUUAUUUGAACCCAUUGUUUUUGGGUCCUGCCUUCUAGAGCAACAAAAAACAAAUUUGCUGUUACUUAUGUGAUGGCCAUCUUCAGAUAUUUGACUACGGCUAUCGUGUCAUUUUUUAAAAGCCUUUUCUCCAAGCUAAACAUACCCAACUCCUUCAACCUUUCCUAAUAGGCCUUAGUCUCAAGAUCCCUAACUUUCUCUGUAGGUGUUUGUGCAUGUUUCAGGGCAACUUGGAACAGCCUUAGAGCACCUUGGAAGUGUGGCAUAACUGGGAAGGUGCCAAACUUUGAAAGAGCACCAUGAUUAUGUGUCGUGUUUUCAUUGGUAUACUCUCCUCUUGAAUGUUACCUAUGGCUCUACGUUAGUUGUAUUGCCAAAAGCACACAAGGUUUUGUAAUUAAGCUGUAAACAUUGCCAGAUACAGGCAAAUCAAUUUGCUUCCUGUGUUAGUGCACAUUGAACAUACAUCACAUAUAACAUUUAAGCUGCAGUCCUGUUUACACUUACUUUGUGAGUAAGCACCAUUAAACUUGUUGGAAUUUAUUUCUGAAUACAGUUGCUUAGGACUGAUAAAUUCAAUUUUUCAUACUUACAGUCUGCAAUCGUAUCCAUGAAUGAAAUGGGUUCUGUUUGUCUUCCAUUGCAUAGAUCAAAGUGGAACAGGUUGCCAUGGAACUUCAGCUAACUCCAUUUACUGUACUACUGCGGUCAGUUCUAGACCAACUACAGGAAAAGGAUUCUGCUCGCAUAUUUGCUCAACCAGUGAAUCUUAAAGAGGUGAAACUUUAAUAUUUCUGAUACAGUUGAUCAGUUUUGUAUUGAAGCGCUAGCUUAGUAGCCAUAGGUGUCAUGGAAUUUCAUGCAGGUGAGUGAGUAACCUGGCUGAGGAUGGACAGAUCACUCCAUUCCUCCUCUGCACUUAGCAUAGAGAUUGAGGGAGUUGCCAGAGAAGAAAAGUCCCCCUCUGCCAUCAGCAUAGAAAUACACUGCAGGAUGUGGAACCUGGUAAAAAAAGAAUUGGUAUCACCAGACUUGCACAUGAAGGAUAAUAUGCUUUAAUUUGCAAACAAUAAAAUGUUAAUACCUUCAUUUUCUAGACUUAGUGAAAGCAUAAAUAUAAAAAUAAUUAUUUUGUUAAAAUUAAACAUUAAAGGAGGAAUCCAGUAUCUGUUGGUGCAAGGAUUUCUGCUCCUGCUAGUGCAACUGUUUAGUUCAAUCCAGCCCUAAUAUUUGAUUCUUCAACCAGGUGAUAGCAUUUAAUCCUACAAAUAUCAAAAAGAGUACUUUAGAUUAUUUUCUAGCUUAAAUAUUAAAAUUAAUUUGUCUGUGCCCAGGUCACUUUAAAAUAAAGGUUGCCUUUAAAAAUAGAUUAAGGGAACAGGUUUGGAAAGUGCAAAGCUUCAAAUUAUCAAGGUCACAAACGUACACAUCUAUACAUUUAUACAUUUCUACGUAUAUCAUUCAAUAUUUUUAGGAAGAAACUAAGUAAGUUUUGCUUAGUAUACUAUAUACUAUAUGGUGUAGGAUAUAGUAUAUUUAUAUUUCUGCUUCAAUCAAAGAGCAAAGAAUAAAAAAUAUUUUUUUUAAAAAAAUGUACUUGCAGGUUCCAGAUUAUUUGGAUCAUAUUAAACAUCCUAUGGAUUUUUCUACUAUGAGAAAACGGUUGGAUGCCCAAGCUUAUAAAAAUCUCAACGAGUUUGAAGAAGAUUUUAACCUUAUCAUUGAAAACUGUAUGAAAUACAAUGCAAAAGAUACAAUAUUCUAUAGAGCUGCUGUGCGGUUAAGAGAUCAAGGAGGUAUUGUUCUGCGACAAGCUAGAAGAGAUGCGGAGGCAAUUGGGUAUAAUAACGAAACUGGAAUGCACUUACCUGAACGGCCUAAACUUGAAUCUCCUCCACCUUUUACCUGGGAAGAUGGUAAGGACGCAUCAGAAUGAAUGCUGAUACAAUAUUUUCAGGUUAUUGAGUGGGUCAAUUCUUGUUCAGAAUUCUUGAAGCCUUUUAAACAAGGUGUGUUUCUCACACAAAGCUCAUCUUUGCCUAUAGCACUAAGCCCUUAAACGUGGUUUAUUAAAAUCUACUGUGCAUGAGCUAUGUGCAACCCAGGCAUUCCUAUGUCACUCCUCUUCUUUCACAAGUGGAAAGAAACUAUGAAGUGGAAAGUUUAAUGUUAUAUCCAAACCCAGCAUGUAAUGUUAAGUACAAGCCACAAUUUAUAGCCAGCUUUAAAUGAUGGUUGUUGGCUUAGCCAUUAAAAAAACAACAACAUGAUCUCAGGUUCGAAACACAAAAGCUAGGACCGCUUCAUUCCCAGGAACAAAGGAGUGAAGUUAGGCAGCAUAUGCAGUGUGGUUUGAUAAAUGAAGCUUCAUGGCUUAGCAGUAUAUGCAAUUCGUACCAAAGUGUGGCGCUUUAGGGAUAUGGCAAGGGUUUCCUGCACUUGCGGCAUCGUGGGGACUGCUGUAAUGUAGAAAGCCCUAUCACAAAUUAUUUGUAUUUCUGAGAUUAAAGAUCAUUUUGUGAUGUGAAGCAGGAGGACUGCUCUUAGGAAAGUAAAUACUGAAAUCCUAUUGUUUAUUUGCAUGUUUUGUGGACUCUGCUUCUGGAAUGUAGGUGUUGGAAUAGGGAAAAAGUGUUGGGCAGUAAAAAAAAAACCUCUUAUAAGAACAUAAUAAAGCAAAAUAAAAAAUAAUUUAGAGUAGAAAGAAGGCAAAACAUUUUAACAUGGGAGGUUAAACUAGGGGUGAAUGGAUGUUCCUCAUUUCAUUCUGGAUUCCUUCCACAGAUUAACUGACAGUGCCUGUUAUGUUUGUCUUCCAGUUUAUAGUGAAUUUCUAGAACAUGUACUAUUUGCUUUUGCCACAGCUUCCUGUUUCUACCAUUAAUUUGCAUAAUUUCCCCAUCUACUCACUCCUACCCUGAUAUGAUUUAUAUUCCUGCCUGUAUCAUAAUUAUCAUUCUGGCCUCCUAGGAAAAGAAAGGAAUCUUGAUUUCAGCUUCUGCACAUACAGAAGCAAUUUUUAAUGUAUAUGUCGAGAGAGUUAAUUAAACCUGUGGUAGGCUUUCUUCCUUCAAAAGCAUGUAUGUAAACUAGCAGUACUGCAAUAGUAAUCCAUUUGUUAUUAUGCCGUGAGAUUUGAGAAAAAGCACUACUCAUACAUUCAUAUGAGAUUUCGGGGAUGGCAAAGGAGUUUUUAUAGCAAUGCAAAAACACAUACUCCCAGUGCAGAAGUCUUUACAAAUCCCUGGAAUGCAGAGUGGAAGAAUAGCAGAAAGCAAAUGUAUCAGUGCUGUUUCAUGACCUGUGCAAGGUAAAUUUGAGUCGCUAAAUCUGUGGAGAAAUUCACAGGGAGGGAAAUUCUGCAUAAAGGCUUACACAUAGAAUUCGUUUCAGAUUGGAUGGCCAAAUACAUUAGUAGGUUUGAUACAAUAACUCAUAAAGGCAUUUUUGUGCCCUUCAGAACAUAAAAUUCAUGUUCAGUUCAUGUUGCAGAGGGGCUGCAUGUGGAAAGUGAAUGAGAUCAUCAAUAGAGCUUGUGGAGCUGCCAGGACAGUCUUAGCAUUGAAUAUUUGACACUGCCAUCUUGAAUCAUAUCAUUGGCUCAUUUUGCUCAGUAUUGUUCAUUGUGAUUAGAUGUAGCUCUCGGGUUUCAGGCAUUGGUUUUGCCCAGCCCUGCUAUGGAGGGUCCUUUCAAGUGGAGAUGCCAGUGAUUACACCUAGGUCCUUUGGCAUGCAAAGUUAGUACAGUUGCGCCUUGGUACUUGUACGUUUUGGCACCCGAACGCCACAAACCAGGAAGUGAGUGUUCUGGUUUGCGAACGUUCUUUGGAACCCGAACAUCCCGACUGCAGCUUCUGCGGCUUCCAAUUGAGUGCAGGAAGCUCCUGCAGCCAAUCGGAAGCCGCCCUUUGGUUUUCGAAGUUGAACGGACUUCCAGAAACUGUUCGAGAACCAAGGUUCAACUGUACUUUGGAACAUCUGCUUUGCAUGAGGAACGUCCACUGCACUGCUGUCUGAAAUCCUAGAGAUUUCCUAGGUAUGUUUUAAUGAUUUUAGUGAAAACUGCUGUUGGGACAAUACCAGCUGCAGUGGGAGAACAGAAUCCUACAAUUUAUCAAGUGUUUCUGCUGCACCCGUGUCACACUGUUUUAGUUGUGCUCUUAAUGCUAUAGGGUGAAAAACACUGUUCAAAUGUCUAUGUUUUUAACUUCAGUGGAUAGGUUACUGAAUCCUGCUAACCGAGUGCACAUGUCUUUGGAAGAACAGCUGAAAGAGUUACUAGAAAAACUUGAUCUCACCUGUGCAAUGAAAUCCAGUGGUUCUAGGAGUAAGCGAGCAAAGCUUUUAAAGAAAGAAAUUAACUUGAUUCGCAUCAAGAUAAGCCAGCAACAGCAUCAGCCCUCUCAGAUUGAAUCAGGUAUUGGAAGUUUUGAAGAAGAAAAUGCAGUAUUAGAACAAGAAGGCGAAGAAGGUAAGAUGUAUUAAGUUAAGCAAGUAUUAAUAAAAAGUUGAUAGAAAUUGCCACAAUCCUUGAGUGAAAGGGGAUAAGAAAUUACUUAGUGUUAUCAAAAGCCCUGCACUUCUGUAUACUUUUGUAGGUUCUAAAUACAAAUUUAGGAAUCUAAACUUAAUUUGUUUAGUAUAUAAUCAGAGGUGGGUAUUUUAAAAAAAGGUUUUAUUCUCUUAUGUUCCCUGCCCAGAUUCCAAGAGUACCUUAAUCCUACAAUGAAUGAAUUACAAAUAAUUGCUUCUGAGUAAACAUGUAUAAUAUCAGAGUGAUGCUGGCAGGAUUGCACAGGGAUUAAGAGAUUCCAGAAAAUCCAUAUUUGUGCAUCCUUGCUCAGUUUCUUGCAGCAGUAAAAUAAGUUUGUUUUCCAGAUAAGCUAGAAAUCGCUAUAAUCCAGUUUAAAAGGGAGCAUGUAGGAAUGGAAAAAAUAAGAGUAGAUUGAAGAGGUGAGAAUAAUCUAAUGUGCCUAAAGAAGCUUACUGUUGCACUUAUCUGUUUCCAAGUGAUUAUCCAGUUUUUACAUUACGUAGAAAGUUGCAUUUGUUGCGGUGGGCCUUCAUAUUUUCAUUAGUGGCUAGUUUCUUUCCCUGCUGUCGCAUUGGAAAUUGCUCCCAAUACACCCGAUAAGGCGGUUGUUUAUAGCUCAGGUGCACAUGUUUGCUAUGUCUACUGUCUUCACAGUCAUGGCCAUGCAGGUUUUAUAGGUGAACUGCAAAAAAGGGGAAAAACAGAAAAAUUAAAAGGUUGAGAUGUAACUAAAGAAUGUAUGCUGGAUCCUUUUUUAAAUCAAAAAUAUGGAAAAGGUUAAAAUCCAAAGCAAGUUUAAAUGGGGAGCUGCUUAGUAUUUUCAUUGUGUGUAGAAGCAAAUUGCACGAGAGGAGAAACCUGUGGGAAGUGUUUGAGGAUACUAAUCCUCAAAGUCACAAAAGCAUCCACUCAGUACUGUUGGUGUAAGAUACUGACAAAAUAUUUCGGUAGAAAUAGCUGCUUUUUCUAUGUCCUCUUCAUUCUGCAUGGAGUUUGUAGAUAAUGUGUAUGGAUUGUUAAGUAAGAGAAGCUCUUGUGCUUGAAAACAAAGGUGAUAGACUUUAUUGACCCAAAUAGCAGGCAUUCUCCCAGGUAAAUAAUUCCUGUAAAGAAUGUCAGAACGAUGCUAAACUAAAUAGUAGGGGGAAAGAUGAAUUGGUAGAAGGAAUGAUUUUUUUUAAAAAAGAAAAUCCUCCAAAUAGUCAGUGGGUGAAAUUCAAUGUCAUGUAAGCAGUCCACUGAUCAGUCAGGUACACUACAGAAUGUCAUCCUUAGGGUUGGGUUCAUUGCAAGCAUGACUUAAGUCUGGAGCCAACCUAUGAUAUUUCGUGUCGGGUUUUUGCCAUUAAGAUAGAAGUGCAAGUUUUACUGAAUUGAAACUGGUAACCAUAACUCUAAGCUGUUUUGCAGUGCUCAAUAAUAUAUUAAUUUAGCAAAGCUUUCAAAGCCCCCUGUUAAUUGUCAACAAUUUCAGGCUCCAAAAGUGUUUUUUUUUUUAAAAAAAACUAACUGAAAAAGUUUAAACAGGUAAGGUGGAUAUAUUACUCAGCUUACUGUAUUUUAAGUACUUUUAUAAACAGCUUACGUCAUGAAACGCUAUGCAAUUUGAAAGGUAUUAGUAUUUUAGAGGCUUAAAACUUUGGCACAAAUUGGAACUCUUAAGAUUCAAUCCACAAUGCAAGAGUGAGUCCUUUGGUUCCAGUGGGACUCGCUGUGAAAUAAAUACAUUGAAGAUUAGAGCCAAUCUUUUCCACACUUACCAUAUUCCCCUAAAUCCAGGCACUAACUAGGACAGUUGGUUUAAAGUUUAUGUGUUAUACUUUGUAUCAAACAACAAUAAUUAUUGCGGGCUACAUAUUUGAUACUAAGUUUUCUGUAGUAGCUCUUAUAACUAUCAGUUUUCAAAAACCCAACUUUAUUAAUUUUUUCAGGAGAUAAAUCUCCCCCUAAACUUGAACCAUCAGAUGCAUUACCUCUUCCUUCAAACUCGGAGACUAAUUCAGAGCCACCAACCCUCAAACCUGUAGAACUCAAUCCAGAGCAGAAUAAACUUUACAAAAGAGUAAAAUUUGACAAUGAAUUGUAUAGUACUUCCAUUCAGAAAGAAAUAAAUGGACACACUCCAGAACACUUACUUGACAGUAAUCUCAGUGAGUCGACCGUUUCUGCUGUAGCUGAGUCAUCAACUGAUGUAAACAGACGUACUUCUGUUCUCUUCUGCAAAUCGAAAAGUGUAAGCCCCCCAAAGUCUGCAAAGAACACUGAAACCCAGCCAACUUCUCCACAGCUAGGGACCAAAACCUUUUUGUCUGUAGUCCUUCCAAGGUUGGAGACACUACUGCAGCCCAGGAAAAGAUCAAGGAGUGCUUGUGGAGAUUCUGAGGUGGAUGAUGAGUCCCCUGUAAAGCGUUUGGAUACAGGUAAACAUUUGCUUCCAUAUUCUUUUUAAAGAUAACAUGGAUAAAUAAUAAUUUAAUCCUUUUUUAAAAAAAAGCCCACAUUAAAUUGACAAUAUAAAUGUACAGCUUUAUAUUUGUAGAAGCCUGAUAUCUUCUGACAUCUGAUUAAUUUGUUUUAUCCAUGUUGUCUAACUUCAUAUUCAGGGAUGGUUGUUUUUUCUUUUUUCUUUGCUGCUGUGAUCUGCUCUUCUUUUAAAUUAAAUUGAAUGUUAGAGCUUUCUUCAAACCUUCUCCACUAAUGAAUCUGAAUGCUUGCAGCCUAGUUAGCUAUCUUUUAUAUGGCUACCUUUGUGUCUAAUCAUGAGAAGAAUAUACUUGGAUUCUGUUAAAGGUCAACUUUAGGAUUUACAUUCAAACCCAAAAAGGUUUGGACCAGUUCUGUUGUGCCAUUGCCAGAAGCAGCCCUCUCUUGAGUAUAAAUUGUGGUUCCCCCCUAAGUUUUAUGCGUUGGAUCCAAGCAGCUGUGUACGUUGCUUGCCAGGAUUAAGCGUCAUGGUUUUCCUUUAGUGCUCUAUCACUGGGAGUGCCCCUUUGGAUCCAAUCCUAUAUUACACUGUGUGUGUGUGUGUGUGUGUGUGUGUGUGUUUCAAAGAAAACCCUCAAAGUUAUGAAUGAGAUUAAUCUGGGGGAAAAGUUUUAUUAGUGUUAUGAAUUAUUAUUUUUUGAGUGAUAGGUUCUUACAGAGCAACCAAAUCCCUACUCUGCCACUCUGACCAGGGUUUGGAUGAAGAAGUGGUGUCCCCCCUACUCAACUGUGCCUGGGCUUUGCUAGCAGGAAGCGGAGGCCCCGUGGAGCUCUCCUUUAUUCACCUGCCUGAACGGUGGUUAUAUGGAAGCUGUUGCUGGUGGUAUCUAGUAUAAAGCCCCCCCCUCCCAAGGGGUGUCUGGGAAGGCAGAGGUGGAGCUGAACCAGCAAAGGGUUCACUGAAUUAAAAAGGUGGCCUAGCUGGUGGUAAGUUGCGAUCUGGACCUGUUUGCUGUGCCAGCCUGCCGUGACAAACUACAAGGUUUUCCUGUCCGUCGCCUUUCUUCCUGUGACAAAGAUUGUGUGGGAGCAGGAAAGGAGAUUAUGAGUCCGUAACACACAGCCAAUCUCUUAACCGUGGUCAGACAAGAGGGAAUGUUAUAUCUGCGUUGUGUCAUUGAAAAUGUGUAUCAUUUUAAAAGGAUCAGUUUGGCGAUACAAAAUACACAAACACACUUGCUUAUGACGUGCUGCUGUUAAUGUCAACUUUUCAAGCAUUUGAGCAGCUUGUUGUUUUAAGCAUAAUAGUCUUGACAUUCAUCUUUCAUGUACUUGUUGUGUUAAGCAGGUUUAUUUGUUUGCAAUGUAGAAAAUAGUGGUGAUUUACACUUUUACUUUUCUGUGAAAUGGCAAAAGCAGAAAGUAGCUUGGUGAACGGUGUUCAUUUUAGUGGUUCAAGCCAUCAGACCUGAUUCACAGCAAAAAGCUGUUCUGUUGAGCAAACCAGUAACAGUAGCAAACCAGAUUUUUGGGAUGUUACCCUUUAAGAUGCAUAUUCAGUAAACUAGUUGACUCCAGCUAAUUAUCUCUUUAAAUUAGCUAACAAGAUUGCUUUCCUCUCUACUGUUCUGCUUUCAUGUUUUUCUUUUCUGUGGCCAGGAGUUCAGUUUAAGAGGCUGCGGUUGGCAUACGUUUUCAAGUAUUAAUUGUUUGGAGAAUACUGCAGGUAUCAAAUAUGGGUUUAAAUCCAGAGCAAGUUAGUCUUACUUGGGUCCUGUUGAAGGAAAUGGAACUUAGAUCCCAUUGAACUCGGUGCAACUUACGUGCAGCUAACUAGUUCUGGAUGCAUACAGUUGUGUUCUGCAUCUCGAUGGGGAAUGUGUCACAGGAACAACUGUUUAAUGGGCUGCCCCAACUAUCACACACUAUAGAAUGCACUGUUUUUACCCACGAAGUCUCUUUUUGAGUUUCCACCCCCACCAUUUCUCAUUGCAGUUUCUAGAAAUGUCAAAUCAAACUGUGUUGACUAGCAUUUGGUGCAGAGAGAAAUGUCAUUUGUGGUUGGUGCCUCUGUACGUUUCCAUGUGUGUUUAUUUACUUAUUCAUUUUUUCAUUUAUAUACACACACGUAUACAUAGAUACAAACCCCAUUUACCUGAAUAUCCACCAGAAGCAUGUUAUUAGCCUGACUUGUUUUAGCAAAUAGUAGCAUCUAGUACAGGCUUCCUCAACCUCGGCCCUCCAGAUAUUUUUGAGACUACAAUUCCCAGCAUCCCUGAUCACUGGUCCUGCUAGCUAGGGAUCAUGGGAGUUGUAAUUCAAAAACAUCUGGAGGGCCGAGGUUGAGGAAGCCUGAUCUAGUAGCUGCUUGAUUUAGCUUUAAAGUCAAUAUUUUACAAGUGGAACUCAUUUUUCCUUGUGUCUAGAAUGCCAUCUGAACAAAGUUUACCUGUGCCUUUGUGUUUCAUUAUGCCUCUACACGCCUACGGAACCUCUAAUGCAAGAGUAUGCCACUUGCUAGUUUGUUUCUUGCAGCUCAUUAUGAACUCAUAGCAGAGCCCCCGCCCCACUUUCUCCAUAUUCGUCAGAAUCUUCCUACUGAACACGUUUUCUCUUUUUUACUGAGGUUAUAGCAAAGGUCCAGAAGCGCACAAGACCGUCAACCAGAGGUUCACAAACGUUCCUUGGCUUACUUGCCGGCUAUCAUAUGUAAUUGCUACCAAUCCCCUCUCCUGCAUCAUCUGGCAUUCACAGAAUGCCUGGGUGGGUAGGCAUUUGUGUGGAGGUAAGGGAUCAGGCAGUAAGAAAUAGUGGAAGUGUCACCAUUUGCUUGGUAGGAACUUCUGCUAUUUCUUACCUGCUCAAAAACUGCAAUGGAAAUUAGACUUGAGAGUAGCGAUCAGUGUGAGUCUCUUGCCACUUGCUGGUGAGUGGCCUUGUUGAUCCCUUUUGAUCCCUUGUUGAUCAGUUGCCUGGAACUUGGGUUGUGAGGACAACAUCCGAGGAAUCAUGCCCUUUCCUUCCUACCAUUGGAGCAGUGUGUUUCUCUCUUCCUUCCUCUUCUCGGCCCAGCCUCCUCAUGCUUUCUUAAGAAGUUCCAGUUGUGCCGUUCCAGUUUGUCAAUGAACACGUGACGACACAUAGUGCUGUUUCUUUUCUCGGCUCCCCGCCGCCCGCCUCACUACUACACAUGAAAGAGCAAAAAUACCCCUAAAAUUGAGAAGCAGCAGGGGGAGAGAAGUGUUGGUGUCCCCCUGUUUUCAGAACUCCAUUUUUUACUGUUGAUUUUUUUUUUAAUUAAAAAAAAUUACAGUGGAUGCUCGAGUUGCAAACGUGAUCCGUGCGGGAAGCACGUUCACAACCCGCAGCGCAGCGUCUGCACACGCGCAGGUUGCGAUUUGGCGCUUCUGCGCAAGCGCCGUAACCCGGAAGUAACCCAUUCCGGUACUUCCGGGUUCGGUGCAGUGCACAACCCAAAAUGGUGCAACCCGAAGUGUCUGUAACCCGAGGUAUGACUGUAUAGGUAAAUGUUUAAUAUAUGUUUCUUGGCAAAUGUUUUAUAUCACCUAUUUUAAAUAGCUGCAAAAUCUAGAAAGCGGGGUGAGUUUAUAAUCCUAACCCAGAAAUAAAUUUUCCCCUGAUGGUAUCAACUGAAUAUUCCCUUCUGAGGGAAAGAAGAAGAAAAUGCUGUAAAGCUUUUUUUUUUUUUAAUUUGUGUGUGUUUCUGUCCCAUCUCUCUUAUAUAGAACUUUUUAAACCAGCUUCAUAAACCUAUAAAAUAUUCAGGCAGUAUUAGUUAAUUGGCAAAUCUUUCUUCUUUGCACUUAAAUAGAUCUUUUGUAAAUACAGUUGUGCUUUGAGUAGAAGGAUGGCACAGUGCAGUAUUUUUUUGUCGAAUAAAACUGUUUCAGAGUGUCAACACUAUUUCAAAUAAUCAUCUUACAAGACUCUUCUAAUGUAUAUUGUGGAUGCAAAUGACUUGUUGCUGGCCUUAUUAAGAAAACUUCCGUAAAGCUGUCUUUCUAGAUCCCUAGUGUUCAUGCAAUCUUUGAUAUCUGUUAGCAGAAAAAAAAAGCUCUAAGUGUUCUCAUGACUGUUGAUCAAAACUCAAGUUUAACUUAAGUAUAAAAUUGGCAGGAAAAAACUAAUAGACUAUCAACUAUACUAGAAUAUCUUGCCCGGUUUUUGUUAGAAAUAUUGAAAUGAUAAUGUUUCCAGUACUUUACUGAAAAUGUAAGCAGGACAAUUCUAUAGCUAUAUCUCUAAUGUGGAAAAGUAAGAUCCUUUCUUUAAUUGUGUGUGUUGUGUAAUUAUUAAGGAAAUGCUGUGAGAGUAUUUUGGAAAGAAUAAGCUCAGUUUACUUCUGAAAUUGUGGAACUUGAUGCCCUCUAGUCUGUUUUCUUAUUUGUGGAGCAAUUGGCAGUAGCUGGAAACAGUAGCUGAGGACCCAGCAAUUAACUGCAGCGUAUAUUGUUUUCUUUGAACUAGUUAACUAUUGUACAUGGUAAAAGCAAAAUUUGGAAUAAACAAUUUAGUAGUUCCUUCACCCUAAGCCUACGAUUCCCUUUUUAAAAAAUUAUGUGUGCUGAAAAGCAAUUCAGUAGCCUCUUGUGACCCUUAGCACAUGCUUCUGCUAACUCACAAUACACCUUCUAAAUUCACAUGUGCAAGAUACUUCCUUGGGCUUCGUCUGCUAAUGUCUUACUGUACUGUUGAAGCAUCUUUAGAGGUACUGAUGCCCCAAAUAUAGAAAUAGGUGGAUAAAUUAAUCUGUCAUCUUCUUUCAUUGGAAUGAAUUUCUGCAAAAAUGCAGCCCCUGUUCUUGGUAUCUUGGUAUCUCUUUUGAAAAAUGCCCCUAAGCUCUCUGCUGCUACAUCUUUCAGAGCAGUUGAUUCAAAGUGGAGAAUAUUUCAGUCUUCCACUGUCAAAUAUUACAUUAAAUAUGACUAGUAGAAGACAUUGAUAGUUUGCAUAGUUUUUGCUAAUCUUGCUCUGGAUACUGCUGGGAGGAGGGCUUAUUUAAUUAAAGCUCUUUUCCCUUUCAGUGAGACUAAAUGGCUUUUUCACUGUCUUCCAGGUUCUCAUAUUAACUAAUAUGCUGAGUAUUUAUCUAUUUGGAUCCUAAUUAUUUUCUAUUAUCCUGAACACGGACUGGAAUUCAAUGUAAUGAUCAUUUUGGAACGCAGAAAGACAAUUACAUUUCAAGUAAUUAUUUUGGAUCAUGUUGGAGACACCAGCCAUCCUUAAAACAAAAUCAAUAUCUUGAACCCUGUUGGAGGAAGUCUUUGAUAUAUAUGAACCUAUGCUCUUCAUUCAGUAUAUUUCCCCAUCUCCGUAAGUUAUGAAGUUGUAUGUUGCAAUCUUAUGUGACAUAAAUUGGUCGCAGUUUUACCAAUCCCCAGAAGUCUUACCUCAAACGUGCUCCUUGUGGGUUGAUUGGUUAAGAAUGUUCCUUUCCAUCGCCAUUCCUCUGCAAGCCAAUCUAAUCUUCCCUUGGCCAGGAUAUAGACGCCAUAAUACAUUCACCAAAUAUAAUAACUACAUUUCUCUCCAUCUUUAUUUUGUUGCAGAAAAUACAGGGCUCUAUAGGAAUUGAACAUGAUUUUGCACUAGCACUGGUCAGCAAAAAGGGUCUAUAUAGUGGUGCCAUUCAUGGAUUAUUGAAAAUACUUGCCAUCCGACACCCUCAAUUACCACCUAGAUUAGAAAACCCAAUCCUGCGUUAUACAGAGAGGGAAUUAGGCAAGGGUUUUCUAACUUCCUAAGCCAGAGGGAUUUUGAAUUCCUAAAUGCAGUAUCUUAUGUUUACUUUCCAAACUUUUAGUAUUCCUCAUUUUUUUAAAAAAUUCCUUCCCUUUUUCUUCUGUUUCUUCAUAACUGAUUGCUUUCUACUGCAUUGACUUUUUUCAGAGUCCAGUCGAGAAUUCUUAUAUGGUAGACACGGGUCUGCUUCUUUUUUACAUAAAGUUUAAACACUCUUGACACAAUAAGUUUGACUCCAUAUUUACAGAUUGGGUAUAACUUCAGUUCCAAGAUAAUGAUUUUUAAAAUUGUUUUGUGUAUCCUGUGUUUCCAUGAAAUGGUUAGUUGUGUUACAGCAAGGAGUAGUUGUAGUUGUAGCUUCUACUGUGACAGUUACAUAUCUGCUUCAACUUACACUCAAGUAAAAGGUAAAGGGAUCCCUGACUAUUAGGUCCAGUUGUGGACAACUCUGGGGUUGCGGCGCUCAUCUCGCUUUACUGGUCGAGGGAGCCGGAGUACAACUUUCGGGUCAUGUGGCCAGCAUGACUAAGCUGCUUCUGGCGAACCAGAGCAGCGCACGGAAACACUGUUUACCUUCCCGCUGGAGCAGUACCCAUUUACUUGCACUGCGUGCUUUCGAACUGCUAGGUGGGCAGGAGCUGGGACCGAGCAACGGGAGCUCACCCCGUUGCGGAGAUUCGAACCGCCAACCUUCUGAUCGGCAAGCCCUAGGCUCGCUCUCUCUUCACCUAUUAAAAAUAAUAUUUUUUGCAAGGAAGGUUUUCUUUCCACAGUAUGAAAAUCUUAAGUACAUGUUGUUACAUAGAAUAUCUUCAUCAAUAGUAGUCAAAUAGUUCUUUACUAUUGUAAAGUGUUCUGUUGUCCCUUAACUAGCUUCUUGCAGUAUGAGCUGGAGUAGGCAAGAGCUUGUUCAUCAGAAGCGCAAAGGAUCUGAAAUGGACUAUGAACAAUGACAUUUCAUUGGUGGUUAACAUCUAGAAUGCCACACUCUUUCCUGUUGAAACAGACUAACAUGGCUUUUCUUCUGAAUGUACUCAAAAUAGCUGUAGCAAAGAAUGGUGUGUUCUUAGGGAAAUGUUGCUUGGACAACUAAUGAAAACUUAGAAACACAGAAAGAUCAUUGUAAAGGUCUGUUAACUUCCCAUGGAGUACUAAUGGUUCCAGAAAACUUCAGUGUGGAUCUGACAGAGCAUCUCAAAUGCAGAAGAAAAUGAAAACAGAUUCAGCUAUUUUACCAUUGCUCCAACAGAGUCUCUAAAAUUGCUUGAGAUAUUGAUAGUAUCCGGCUACCAAGUGCUUCUUCCUCGUUACUCUCUAUUUUUGGUUAAUUGUUUGUGUUAGGCCAAGCCAAAAUGUUUUAUGCGACUGUAUCUGUUUCUGGCAACACCUGGGACUCAGCUAUACUGCUGCAAAUAAAACGUUUGGUGUGUGUUGUAAAGUGAAAUAUACAAAUGUGGCGCUAGAUGACAAUGGUGAGCUAUGGCAAAUUCAAUAUAUUUUUCAAAAACUUUUUUUUUAAAAGAAAAGCAUUUUCACAGCAUUUUUAUAUACGUGUAGAUUCCACCCUGUUAUUGCUAAAUUAUCAUUUAUGUUUUUGUAUACUUCUAUGGGUGUGUUUGGAUUUAAUGGUGAAUUAUGGUUUAGCAUUACACAAACAAACCUUGGAGUGCUUCCCCCUUGCCUUUCUCUACUAGAGUGGCUAAGAGAAGUCUGGAAGCUCUUUAAAAAAAUAAUAAUAUUAACUAUAGUUUAGCUUACAUCUGCAAGACAUGCUGCAGCUCAUUUUUGUAAUGCUAAACUACAUUUUUGUGUCAUUCUUGAACCAGCCCUGUAUGUUUUACACAUAUUUCUGCAAUUUAUUAGCACUAGUUGUGGAAUAGUUUGGGGAUGUAAGGAAUGGACUUCGGUUGGAUAUGGUAUUUGAACUUCUGUGCUUGAACUGCUCAUAUAGAAGUCUGUGUACAAAAGUUUUAAAUUGUCUUUCCAGUUUGCCUGAAAUAUUUUGCUGUUUGGCUCACAAAACAGAUCAGCACGCAGUAUUACAGUGGUUUCAAUUCUAAGUAUUUGAUCCUCUGGUCUCUUAGAAAUAAUGAUGCUGGCCCUUUGAAGCCCUGCUGUGUGUACAUACUACUUGAAAAUAUUCACUUUGCAAAUAUUACUGCAUUUACAUUUAGCUUAUAUUUAGCAUUCCUCCCCCCAAUUCAUGUUGUCCUGUUUUGGAAGAGGAUGAAGAUCUUACCUGCGUGGGGAUUCAGCCCUAUAACUGCUCUUUCUAACAGUAGUUUUUCAGUAAGAUUUGUGUACAAUGUCAGUAAUGCAAUAAUAUUUGCCUAUGCACCAUGAAACAAGGAAGCUUCAUGAAACCUUCAAAGCUGAUACGACACAAGCUAUUGUUGACUGCUUCUCAUUUUGAUUUCUCUGUACCCGGUAUAUUCUGGUGUAAAAAGGCAGAAUGACUAACUGAACAAGAAGGAGCGUAUGUGGGUAUAGGGAAAUUGUAAUGUCAAUUUGCUUGCAUUCUGUAUUGCAGUUGGUUGUCUUCAGCUUGUAUUGCCACAGGUUCAUAUCUUGUUGGAUCGACUAGUGUCUGACUUGUUCAUCACACGGUACCAGUUUUAGGAAAAGUUCUUUCUUAGAGCAGGUUUCUUUUUUUUUUUUUCUUUUUUUUGAAAAAUGAAAGAUUGGAAACAUGUUAUUUAAAACACUCCAAGAAAACAUAAUUUUAGAGUUGCUGUGUUCACCACAAGUGUUUGUAUACUGGCGGAAUCAUGCCUCCAUACAAGCCAUCUUACCCUCUGCAGCUGGUGUGCUAAGCAGAUCUUAUCCCCCCUCCCCCCCCCCAAGCGAGGCAGAGAGCUUUUAAGCUCUCAGACUUGCUUACUGGGCUCACAGGCGUCUUCUGAGAUCUCGCAAGAGGCUCCCAGAGCCAGGCAGAGAGCUUAAAAGCUCUUUUUGCCCUGGGAAAACCCUGCACAAAAAGCUCUCUGCCUUCCAUGCUCUUAAUUUAUGGGAUUUCAACCAAUCAGUUUUCAGCAGUGUAAAAAUGUAUGUAAGUUGCGAGUCACCUGCGUGUCCUCAACGUAUUUUAUGCAUCUGUUGAAUCUUACAUGCAAUUUUCAUUCAUGGUCAAUUGAAGCAUCUUUCAGUUUUAUUUAUUAUUACGAUAUGAGACACUACCAUUCCUGUUUCUAAAAUAAGAGAAGAUCAAAUUUCAAAGUUGGCAGAUAAGCUGUUUGGGUUGUGGACUUUUAGACUAGUUUAGUGCUGUAUUAGGCUUCUGUACAUAGGUUCUGAAUCCUAAACUGAAUAUGUGCAGACAGUGUUAGCAUUUUCUAGAGCUCUAUUGAAAGUUAGCAGUCGCCUAUUUGAUACCAGACUGGUCCUUACGCUGCUGGGAGGUUGGAGACAGCCAUUCUCCAUUUUCUUCUGACGAUUUGAGUUUGCUGUCACUUGCAACUCAGAUGCUUUAAGUACUGUAUUAACUCACAGUCUUUUAAUUUUUAGAUAUUUAAUGAAAAUGUAGACCUGUCUUUUGUAUGUUUGCCUAGACUUCGUUCUGCAUGCAUUGCUUUAGGAGCGGCACAGUUUGAUAUAUCUUGCAACAAGUAUCAGUCCCUUGAUUUUACCUCCUCUAUCUUCACUGAUGUCUACACUUUCUGCAUGUUUCACUUAACUAUUUAACGUUUAAUCUCAUUCUUCUUGCACAUGUUACAGCUCUAUUAACAGAGGUACUAAAACAUGCACAUAAGUAUAUAUUGAAACGUAUGAAAAUACAAUCCACUUCCACAUUAUGUGUAUUUUUCUUUUGUUAACCUGCCAGGUCUUUCAAAUGGUUUUGGAGAUGGCAGUAAAGAGUCGGAGUUAAAUGAUACUCCAGGGAGAAAAGUUGAACCUCGUCGCCGUUGUGCAUCAGAGUCUAGUAUAUCAUCAAGUAACAGCCUGUUGUGUAAUUCAAGGUAAAAAAAUGUGGUGUUAUUAGCCCAAAGUUAAAGUAUGUUCAAAAUAUAAUUAUUUGAAUCUAGACUUCCCAUAAGCAGAGGUACUCCAGUUUGUCAUUUGCCCUGUGCCUCUUGAAAAUAUUCUCUGGAGGGUUGCAGGACCCUCUGGAAAAGUGAGGGGAGUGGUAAAAAUCCCCAUUUCCCUUCCUCAAGCAAGAAUCUUCACUGGAUUUCAGAAGUGGGCAGCCCAACAGUAAUAUUAAUUACUGGGGUGAGAGACUUCUGGCAUAUAAAUGGCCAUGUCCAUGAAACCUUGUAAAGAAGUAUAACAAUUCACGUGUUUCUGCAAGCUAUUGUUAUUGUUAUGUUUUCUGACACUUCAAAUGUUUCUAGUUUUAGUCUGCCAAAAUGUGGGAAAGGCAAACCAGCGCUUAUACGAAGACACACGUUAGAAGACCGAAGUGAGUUGAUAUCAUGCAUUGAAAAUGGAAACUACGCAAAAGCAGCAAGAAUUGCGGCUGGUAACUGAUAUAUUUACGCUAUGUGUUUAUAAAAAAUAUCUGGCGUUUCCUCCUGCCUGCUCUCUAGAAAUGAAGGGUGAUGCCUUCCCAUGACAUCUUACUCUGUGGCUAGAUGAAUGUGAGACUUUGCCUAUUUGUGUCUACCUCUUGAUGAUACCCGUUAGGUUUUCCAACUUGCCCCCAAUGUGCCUCCUUCUAAUCAGUCUCUUAUUUCCUCUGCCUCAGACAUUUUGAGGUUGAACAUAACAAACACAAACCUUCUCCCAUCCAUAUUUCCCUCCUAUGCACCCUUUUCUAAAUUCAUCGUUAAAAUUGAUCUGCUUUGAACACCCGUUACACCUUUAAACUCCUCUUUCCUUGUCUUGUCUUGUGUUCUGCUCUUUGUGAUUAUAGCAGUUGGUCCCUUAUGACUAUUUAACCAUUCCCUUUAGCACAUCUCCACCUCGAGGCCUUGUUAGCAUUGCCUUUCCUGCACCAGCCUCACUUCACCUCAUCUGCUUUCCCUCAGCUGUGUUGUCUCUUGUUCACGCCCUCGUUACUUCUUUUGUCCAUCUAAUAUAAACUGUAAGCCCUUUGAGCACUAUAUUUUCCCUGUUCUAUAUAUUGCCUUAACACACUGGUGUCACUAAGCAAAUAAAUUCAAUUAACAAAGAACUCUUAGUUUGCAUGUUGUGUUCAGGGCUUUCCAUGUUGACUCUGCUCCAAAAUGCCAGGAAAUCGCAGCUGAGAACAAGACACAUUAUUGAGGCAGUAUGGUACGGGAUCCAUGCUGUGGUUAGUUCAAGCUUCGCCGCCACCUUGGAGCAGAAUGGCUUGCAGUUCAGAAUCAGAAGAACCUUUAUUUGCAUCAGCCACUAGCCGUAGCAAUAAAAUAAAAUACAGUGUACUGAAGAUAGAGGUAAAAACUUAACUAUACAAAAUACAUUCUGGAGGUUUACAUCAAUGAUCAAAUAAUAGAUCUUAUUCUAAUUGCCCCUGCUAAAUUUUUUGCAGUUUUUGCUGUCACCCGAUUAUCUUGAUCUGCUAGAAGAAAGGACACAGUAGCAAAGGUUGAGCGACCUGGUAUAGAUAGCACUUGAGGGGUAAUAACCUCUCUCCUCAAAGGCUUUCCAUUGCAGAGGGAUCAGCCUAACUCACAGAUUUGUCUGUUCACUGGAAUAGACAUGUGGGGUCUAUGCAUCUGAAGCUAACAUGCAACUGAAGUUACCCUUCCAUGUUACAACUACACAACUGGCACAAAUGAUAAGAGUUGAAAGGGACUGUUUAAGAGGGGAGGAGGAGGAGUUGACACGCACACAGACACACACAACCAGGGUUUGCCUUCCGCCACAAAAUGGCCAUUGUCGGUUUUAAACUUCUGUUUAUAGGUAUGGUACUGUAUUUGAGUGCUGGGGCCUCUUAAUAAAUUACCUGCUCAGAAACUGUAUGUAUAAUUCACAACACUGUGUGGAACGAGAUCCUGGGCAUAAACUUAUACCAUCAUUAUACCUGAACCAUAUUUCAGCUUUUCUGGAGUUCAGUCUGUAAGUGCCUCAAGUCUGUUAGACUUAGCUGAGAUGCUCCUGAAGAGCCUGUGGGAAACUGAGUUGUCGAGAAGUCUAGUCAUUUGAUACGAUUAAAACACAACACACAUCUGCAUCCAUUUCUAGUUACAGCAGUGGAAAGCGGAACUUGUAUUGGUAAUUUAAAAUUACAGUGGUACCUUGGUUCUUGAACAUAAUCUGUUCUGGAAGUCCUUUCGACUUCCGAAAUGUUCAAAAGCCAAGGCACGGCUUCUGAUUGGCACUGGCACCCAAGAAACAAUAGCUGAAAGCCACAUCGGACGUUUGGCUUCCGAAAAACAUUUUAAAACUGGAACACUUACUUCUGGGUUUUUGGCGUUUAGGAGCUGAAAUGUUUGAGUACCAAGGCGUUCGAGAACCAAGGUUCCAUUGUAUAAACUUGAAAUAAUUUUCUAUGCUUCCUUUCCUCCAAGGAGCUUGAGGUAGUGUACAUAAUUCUGCCUCUUCCAUUUCAUCCUCGCAAAAACCCUGUGGUACCUUAGCCCUCAUGGCUGAUGAGGAUUCCUUAUCCACCAAACUAACCCUUACCCUACAUUGGUUCACUUUAUAAACUAUUCUUUUGGAAAAUUAAAACCAUGUGUUGUGUCAAUGUGGAAUCUGACAUACAGAAUGUAACUGAGGUAGGGUAUAAUUUGACCAGAUUUCACUCACACUUCGUAUUGAUUUUCUCUUGAACAUUGGGUUUGCUGUGUGCACAGAAUGGCAGGGUGGUGGAAGGACCUUUCUUACUUGCAAACUUCUCUGACUCGUAAAAUGGGCUGCCUUUCAAACUGUUGCUGGGCAGCGCCGGUUCAUACUGAGCACGUGCAUAAAUUUCCUCAUUCAUGGGAGCUUAGGCAAACUUUGGACCAGAAAAUGUUUUUGGUUUUUUUUAAACAACUCCUGGGUAAUGGCACGAGUUAGACAUUCACCUUGAUCUAUUGCAAUAAAAAGUUUUGCAAAAGAUGCAGUAAAAACAAAAAUCUUUCCAAAAAGUCCACCCACUCCCACUCUCCUUUUUCUUAAUUGCAAGUCUGAGGGCAAGGACCAUCUAAUUAUAAUUUUUUGUAAGCUGCUCUUAAGAGUCUUUUUGGCAAAAGGGUUGGGGAAUAAAUGCCGUACAUAAAUAAAACCAAACCAUCAAUGUCUUUGGGAAGGGGGGAAAAUGGUUUAAAAGUGCUAGUCACUCAUCAAACAUUUUUCUCAUUCAAAACAAGUCGUUUUAUAGCAUUUCUACCUCAAAUUCAGUAUGGACCUAACUCUUCUACCCUGUGAAGUUCCAAAUCAAGCCAUAGAACUUGCAUCCCCACUUCCAGAUUCCUUAUUAUAGUUCCAGAAUGUGAGUCAACUGGCUUAACGUGGGACCAUGACUGUGGCCUUAUAACUAAUGUGAUCAAUUAUUUCAGUCCUACUUGUUUCCAUGCCAUGUAAAACUAAUUACUAUCCUUUGCAGGAAUGCUGAUUCUUGUGAACAAGCUAUAGGAGUUGCCUAGUCAAAAGCAUCAUCGUUAUUCAACUAACCUUUACUCAGAGUCGACCCAUUGAAGUUCAUGGCUCAAACUUAAUUUCAGUGGGUCUACUGUGACUAAAAGUUAGUUGACUUACUGUUUGAUUUUUCUUCUUCAAAUCUACACUAAAGAACAGGAGAACAGAAUCACAGGACUGCCAGUUUCAGUUUGUGGAAAUGAUCACUCGAGAGUCUUAAAAGGCCACGGCCAACAAAUUCUCUUAGCUCAACGUAUCUGUGGCUUUCACAUGCAUAAUAUUAACUGGUUAAACUGGUCAGUAUGUUACUCUGUUCUCCCAGUCAGCCAAUGAACAAUGUGUAACAAUAUAUUGAGCCACCUCCAACCUUGAUGUUGACAACGUAGCCACUUUUCUGCAUGGAAUGUUUUGUUCCGAAACCUAUGUGGUAUGGACUGGUUUUCACCACACCAAAGGCUUGAGCAAGUAGAAGAGCAAAGAUUAACAGCUGGUUAAAAUUGCCCAAACAACAUAGGAGCUGCUUCAUGCAAAUGCCCUACUCAAAGGGCACACACAAAGUUUACCUUUUCAGUGUGUCAACCAUUGCAUCAACUGUGGCCGUUAGUGAGUUACUCUCUCUUUCUCUCUUUUACCCUUUAGAAGUUGGGCACAGCAGCAUGUGGAUUUCAACGGAUGCUUCCAAUUCUGUCCUUGAGCCUCUAAAAGUUGUGUGGGCCAAAUGCAGUGGGUAUCCUUCCUAUCCAGCACUGGUGAGUUAUUUGUCAUUUAUAUUAGAGGUGACUAGAAGUAACAUACCUUUUUUUAUGCCAGUUGCAUAAUUUAUUAUGGGUGCAUCUGAGUUCAUGAAAUGGCAAGUGGUAGUUGUCAUAUUCUGAUGCUUUCAGAGUCAGUUUCCAUGUAAGUGUCAUGUAAGCCCAAUUUUGGAAGUAAUACCCAUUAAUUAGUUUCCCAUUAAUUUAUUCCAACUUGUAUGUAUAUAUGUCCCUUCAUAUCCAUGUUUGGAGAUGUCAACUCUCCAAUACGUUCUUAAACAACAACAACAACAAGCAAUAAAUUGAUGGAAUAAAUUGAUACUGGACAUCUUAAUAGAUCCAUUUCAAUAAGAGUUUAUGCCUGGUUUUGGUACAGAAAUGGUUUUGGUCUCCUUUUAUGAUGACCUCUAUCGGGAGAGUGGGGAAUGCGUUCCCGUUACUUCUCAUUGACUUCUCAGAGGCUUUUGAUACCAUCAAUCACGGUAUCCUUCUGGAGCGGCUGUCCGAGUUAGGGGUGGGCAGCACUGCUUGGUCUUCCUUAACCAUUUCCAAGAGAGUGAUGCUUGGGGAGUGGUCUUCAGCUCUGUGAAGUCGUCAGUGUGGGUUCAGUUUUAUCCCCCAUGCUGUUUAGUAUCGACAAGAAACCACCGAGUUGGGCUAUCCACAAUUUGGGACUAUGUUGUCAGCAAUAUGCUGAUGACACACAGCUCUACUUCUCCUUUGCAUCUGCAGGUGAGGCAGUUGAAGUGCUGGACCAGUGUCUUGCCUGGUAAUGGGACUGGAUGAGAGCCAACAAACUGGAGCUCAGUCCAGAUAAGACUAAGCCACUGUUAAUGGGUGGUUCCCUAGAGUGAAUGCAUGGGAAGUUGCCUGCUCUUGACGGGGUCACAUUCCCGCUGAAGGAGUGGGUACAUAGCUUGGGGGUACUCCUGGAUCCAUUGCUGUCACUUGAGGCUCAGGUGGCCUCGGUGGUACAGAGUUCCUUCCCUCAGCUUUGACUGGUAGCUCAGCUGUGCCCCUAUCUGGACAGGGAUAGCUUUGCUUCUGCUGCCUGUGCUUUGGCAAUCUCCAGUGUAGAUUAAUACAAUGCAUUGAACAUGUGGCUGCUUCUGAAGGUGGUUUGGAAACUUCAGCUGGUGUAGAAAAUGGCGGCCACAUUGCUCAAUUCGUUGCCAGGCCCAAUUCAAAAUGCUGGUUUGGAUCUAUAAAGCCUUAAAUGGCUCAGUAUUGCUCUGUGGUCCAAACCACUGAGCCUCUUGGGCUUGCCGAUCAGAAGGUUGGUGGUUCAAAUCUGCACAAAGGGGUGAGCUCCCGUUGCUCUGUCCCAGCUUCUGCCAACCUAGCAGUUCAAAAGCACACCAGUGCAAGUAGAUAAGUAGGUACCCCUGUGGCAGGAAGGUAAAUGGUGUUUCCAUGCACUCUGGUUUCCAUCAUGGUGUUCCGUUGUGCCAGAAGCGGUUUAGUCCUGCUGGCCACAUGACCCGGAAAGCUGUCUGUGGACAAACACCUGCUACCUCGGCCUGAAAAGCAAGAUGAGCGCCACACCCCAUAGUCGCCUUUGACUGGACCAGGGGUCCUUUACCUUUUCAUCUUUUACCUGAAGGUCUGAACCAGGCCUUCAAAUCAUCAUCCAAGGUCCUUCUUCAUGUGCUUCCUCCACAAGCGGUCUAGAGGGUGGCAACACGGAAAUGGGCCUUUUCUGCCAUGGCUCUCUGUGGAAUGCUCUCUCCAGAGAGGCUCUCCUGGUGCCUUCGCUACAUAUCUUUAGGCUCCAGGCAAAAAUGUUCCUCUAUAACCAGGCCUUUGACUAAUUAAACAAUCUGGACUUUCAGUUUUGUUUAUGAGGGGGAGUUAUUGGGGAUGGUGGUUGUUGUAUGUAUUUUGUGUUUCCAUUCUGCAGUGUUAUGCUAUGAAAUGGCCUAUGAUCUUUGGUUAAAGGGUGGUGUAUGAAUUUAAUAAAUAACCGUAAUAACCACAAUGUCUAACAAAUUAAAGUCUUAAGUAUUUGAUACCAAAGUGUACUUAAUGGGUAAAUAGUUGGUUAUUUCAAAGAGGUUACUGUAGCACAGGGCUGUGGUCCUUCAGAGAUAGCUGGAUUCAAACUCGCAUCAUCCCUGAUUGUUGAUUAGGCUGGCUGGAAUUGAGCAACCACUGGAGGACCACAAGUUAGUUAUCCUUGCUGUAGCAGCCUGGGGCUUCAUCAUGUGGGAACUGAAUGGGAAGUUACCACAUUAUUAAGAGCGUGACUCCUGUGAAUUGAGUUUAAUGUUGUGUACAUUGGUUUGAGGUUUGUGUUAGUAGAUAGCUGCCUAAUAUACAAUAAAAUCUUUAAGAACAGUUACUAAAUUAUUAUCCUUUCUCCUCCAUUUUAUAGAUAAUUGACCCUAAAAUGCCUCGUGUUGCUGGUCAUCACAAUGGGGUUACAAUACCAGUGCCACCCCUUGAUGUGUUGAAAAUUGGAGAACAAAUGCAGACCAAAUCGGAUGAGAAGCUUUUCUUGGUUUUAUUUUUUGACAAUAAAAGGAGCUGGUAUGUAAACUUCUUUCUCAAAUGAAAAAGUCCUGUAUAUUUUAACUGUAAGGGCAGCUGAAUAUGUGAUAAAUUGGGUUCCACAGCUCCUUAUUUGCUCAGAAAUGGAAUUUUGCAGGAGGAGAUAAAAAUGUUACUUGCGUGAUCCAAAUAAUUUUAGGAAGCAUAAAAGCUCCAGCUUCUGAAAAACCUGAUUCCUCCUAUAGUAACUGUGUUUAGACAUCAUGAUAAACCAUAGUUUAUUUUGAAAGGAAUAAGGCUGUGCUAGCCUUGGGCUUAAAGGCUUCCCCUUUCUCUCUUCCAGCGCAAAAGCGAAGCUUAACUUGAACUUUAUUUGAAACGGGCCACCUUCAUGAUUCAUGGUUUGAAGUUGGCUUGUUUUAAACCAUACUUAAGAGUAACCAUGGUUUUUUCAGGUUCAGAUGUAAUGAUCAGCUACAGUGAACCAGAAACUGAAUUGAAAGCUUCAGAACUUCUCAAUAGCAACACCAGAGGAAAAUUGGGAGCAUGCAAGCACAAGAUUUGUGCAGGCACGUUCCUGCCAUGAUGAACUAUGAUUUAUUGUGACGUCCAGUCGUAAUCAAAGGCCUUAUUUGCACAUACCACAAUGCCAAGCCAUGUUUGAACAAGUACACACUGAGUGCAUUGAGUGAAAAUUGGAACCAUUUUGCUCUGGUCCUGCUGUGAGUUAAAGCCAUAGUUUGACUUAGUGUUAUCUGGGCUUUUGUCCCUCCAAGCAAAGCAUGUCCUGUGGCCAAGGUUCAUUUCAUUGCUUUACCAGUCAUGGCAUAUCUGGGACAGAUAAACCACAAGCUCGGGUUCAGAUGUAACACUACAUCUGGUACACAAGCUGAGACCCUACCUCCCCACAAACUGUCUUGCCAGAGUGGUGCAUGCUCUAGUUAUCUCCCGCUUGGACUGCUGCAAUGCAUUCUACAUGGGGGUACCUUUGAAGGUGACCUGGAAACUACAACUAAUCCAGAAUGCGGCAGCUAGACUGGUGACUGGGAGUGGCCACCAAGACCGUAUAACACCGGUCUUGAAAAAUCUAUAUUGCCUCCCAGUACGUUUCCAAGCACAAUUCAAAGUGUUGGUGCUGACCUUUAAAGCCCAAAACAGCCUCGGUCCAGUAUACCUGAAGGAGCGUCUCCACCCCCAUCGUUCAGCCUGGACACUGAGGUCCAGCUCCGAGGGCUUUCUGGUGGUUCCUCACUGCGAGAAGUGAGGUUACAGGGAACCUUCUCGGUAGUGGCGCCUGCCGUGUGGAACGCCCUUCCACCAGAUGUCAAGGAAAUAAACAACUGACUUUUAGAAGACAUCUGAAGGCAGCCCUGUUUAGGGAAGUUUUUAAUGUUUGAUGUUUUAUUGUGUUUUUAAUAUCCUGUUGGGAGCCGCCCAGAGUGGCUGGGGAAACCCAGCCGGAUGGGUGUGGUAUAAAUUAUUAUUAUUAUUAUUAUUAUUUUAUUAACAACCAUGUGGCAGGAGUAGCAAAGCUGCCUCUAUCAUUCACAUGUAGCCAUAACUUGGCUUAACGUUGCAUAUGAAUUUAUCCUCUGCAGACUCUGUUGUAAUGUUUGUCAUUGUUAGCCUCUGAUCCUGUUCAGUAUCCAUCCUGAUUGUGUAUUUAGACCUUCAGCUGAGAAAUGAUGAAAUUGCCAUCUCAUACAAAUGCCAUGUUUUUAAAAAGUAAUCUUGUUAGCCUGCUUGAUAAUAUGGUCCUCAUUGAAAUGGCCUUGGUUGUCUGAAAAAUAAAGUGCAGGCCUAAUACUGAUGUUCUUGACUGCUGCACAUCUUUUCCAUGGACCACAGUUUUAAAACCACUUCCUUAGAGAAUUUGUCCAUUAUGAGAUUUGUAUGAAAUUUUGGUUUACUUCCCUGUUUGAAGACCACUUGGGGCUGGUGGUAAUGUAUGGUUUUAAACAUUGGACUCAAACAUUUUUGUUCCACCAUGCGUUUUUAGCUUUUCAUUAUUCUGAUUACCGGUAAUCUGUAAGUGUAGGUUUCUUUUAUUUCCAACAGUUAUCCUUGCAAUUUUUAAUGGAAGUUGGUUUUAAUUGUGUGUUGUAGACGGCUGUGAGCAUUGUUUCGAGUGGAAAGGAGGACUUAAAACAAAACAAAAAUUGCAUGAGAACCAGGGUAUUUUUUAAUUUUCCAAAAUAGUGAUAAGUAUCUGAGAUGUUGACUUAUCCUCUUCCAGGCAAUGGCUUCCAAAAUCCAAAAUGAUUCCACUUGGGAUUGAUGAAACAAUAGACAAGUUAAAAAUGAUGGAAGGUCGGAACUCAAGUAUUCGCAAAGCCGUAAGGGUUGCUUUUGAUCGUGCUAUGAACCAUCUCAGUAGAGUCCACGGAGAACCAGUCAGUGACUUCAGUGAUAUUGACUAA